GGGCUAGAGAGUCCUGGCGGCAAGGGGGCGGGGUGACAGACGUCUCCCGACCACGUUCCUGGAAGCGCGAGCUGUGUGGUGUGUGGAGUGUCCGGGAGUCUCCUGCUGUGUGUCAGGCUCUGGAACCGGGAGUCAGAAGAGCUUCGUCAGUGGCUCUCUAUGCAAAGGUGUUUUGGAAUCAUGGAUCCCAGCUCCGAGCCCUAGAAGAAGUCACGGCUGUCAAUUCACCGGUGGCCCGGCGUGCCAGGACAAAGUGGCGGUGGUGGAGUGUCGCAGGAGAGGUGUGCUGGGAAUAAUUCAUCCCUUUCCCUUGGGAAUCGUCUACAGUUAGGCCUAGUCACGUCUUAUGGGGUUGAAUUUGGAAAAGGCUCCGUGGAGAAAGUAGCCUAUGAGAUCUCAGUAAGAAUGCCGGGAAUAAAGAAGGGGGCAUUCGGAACCCACAGAACUGAGUGGGCCAGAGCUCUGCUGCUCUCCACGCCUAGGUUUUGACAGUGCCUCGGGGUCUGUAAGCAUCUGUAGUUUUUUUUUUUUUUUCCUGUCAAGAUGCCAUUGACAGACUUUGUUCUGGCCCUAAAAGACAAUCCCUACUUUGGGGCAGGAUUUGGACUGGUAGGUGUGGGCACGAUUCUGGCUGUGGCCCGGAAAGGAGCCCAGCUGGGUCUAGUGGCAUUCCGGCGCCAUUACAUGAUCACACUCGAAGUCCCUGCUAGAGACAGAAGCUACGCCUGGUUGCUUAGCUGGCUUACCCGACACAGUAGCCACACUCAGCACCUCAGUGUUGAAACCUCAUACCUUCAGCAUGAAAGUGGCCGGAUUUCCACCAAGUUCGAAUUUAUCCCCAGCCCUGGAAACCACUUCAUUUGGUAUCAGGGGAAAUGGAUCCGGGUACAACGAAAUCGAGACAUGCAGAUGGUAGACUUGCAAACAGGAACUCCUUGGGAAUCUGUCACCUUUACAGCCCUGGGCACUGAUCGAAAGGUUUUCUUCAAUAUCCUGGAAGAAGCUCGAGCACUAGCCCUACAGCAGGAGGAGGGGAAGACGGUGAUGUACACAGCUGUGGGUUCUGAAUGGCGUACCUUUGGUUAUCCACGCCGCCGCAGGCCAUUGGAUUCUGUAGUCUUACAGCAGGGUCUGGCUGACCGAAUUGUCAAAGAUAUUCGGGAAUUCAUUGAUAACCCCAAGUGGUACAUUGACAGAGGCAUUCCCUACAGACGUGGCUACCUUCUUUAUGGUCCCCCUGGUUGUGGAAAGAGCAGUUUCAUAACAGCUCUGGCUGGAGAACUGGAGCACAGCAUCUGCCUGCUCAGCCUCACAGACUCUAGUCUCUCCGAUGACCGGCUCAACCACCUGCUCAGUGUAGCCCCGCAGCAGAGCUUGGUGCUCCUGGAGGACGUGGAUGCCGCUUUUCUCAGUCGAGACUUGGCCGUGGAGAACCCUGUAAAGUACCAAGGUCUAGGUCGACUCACGUUCAGCGGACUGCUCAAUGCUUUGGAUGGUGUAGCCUCCACUGAGGCACGCAUUGUGUUCAUGACCACCAAUCACAUUGAGAGGCUGGAUCCUGCUCUGAUACGUCCUGGGCGAGUAGAUCUGAAGGAGUAUGUGGGCUACUGCUCACACUGGCAGCUGACCCAGAUGUUCCAAAGGUUCUAUCCAGGGCAAGCGCCUUCCUUGGCUGAGAGCUUUGCAGAACAUGUCCUUAAAUCUACAUCCCAGAUUAGUCCUGCCCAGGUGCAAGGCUACUUCAUGCUGUAUAAAAGUGACCCCAUGGGGGCUAUUGACAAUGUUGAAUCUCUGAGGUGAUCCACCAGGCCGCUGUCUGCUCUAAAAAAAAAUCUAUAAACACCUGUCAAACUAA